AUGCCUUUGUCCGAGGACGAGCCCGCUUUCCAGGAGGCCGCGACGUCCAAGUCGGGUUCUCGGCGUGGAAAGGCCCCGUCGAAGGCUCCGGGGGCCCGAGCAGGAGCCCCGAAGGUUUCGGGGCAAGCUGCGGCGCGCGCCCCCAAGGCGCCCGGCAAGUGUCGGGCCGCCCCCGAGGCUUUCCGGAAUGGAGCCCCCGCAGGGGCAUCGGGAUCCCGGAGGAAGGGCCGCGGCCCGGGCCCCGAGGACGUGCCGGAGAGAAGCGCGCGGGCAGCCCGGCCCCGAAAGGCUUCCGCGCGCGCCCGGGACGAAGACGCGUCCGGAGAGGGGCCGGAGACGAUGCCCGACUCCCCGCCGCCGCCGCCGCCCGAACCCAGGGCGCGAUCUCGUCGCUCGGUGCGAGAGCCGAGACCCCCCACGGGGCCCACGGGCACCCCCGGGCCCGACGCAGCGCCGGGCGCACACGGCUGGAAGGCGCGCGACGUGCUGGAGGUGCUGCGCCUGAGGUCCCAGGAGGUGUCGGCCGCGGCGGCCGCGGUGAACGGCGUCGUGGACAGCGUGUUGCGGGGCCUGCGGGGCCGUGAGUCGCCCUUCAAGGGGGUCACGUUGCUCAACGCCGGCAGCUACUACGAGCGCGUGAAGGUUUCUGUUCCUAAUGAAUUUGAUGUUAUGUUUAAACUGGAGGUUCCCAGAACUGAACUUGAAGUAUAUGAAAACUGUGCUGCUUUCCACUUUGUGAAGUUCAAGAGAAACCCCAGAGGAAAUCCCUUGAAUGCCUUUUUAGAAGAUGGCUAUUUAUCAGCUUCUAAAAUGCUAUCCAAAUUUCGGGAAAUGGUUCAGGAAGAAAUUGCAAAGAUUCCUGGUGUCACUAUGGAUGAAGAGAAAAUGGGCAGUCCAGCUGUAACACUGCUUAUUAAAAAACCUAAAGAAAUAUCCGUGGAUAUAAUCCUGGCAUUGGAAUUAAAAAGCAGCUGGCCUAAAAGCACCCAGGAAGGCCUGACAAUUAGUCAAUGGCUGGGGCGAAAAGUUAGAAUAGAUCUAAGAAGAAAACCAUUUUACCUGGUAGCCAAGUGUGCAAAGGAAGGAGAUCGAUAUCAAGAUAAAACAUGGCGGCUAUCCUUUUCUAACAUUGAGAAGAUAAUUUUGAACAAUCAUGGAGAAACUAAGACCUGCUGUGAAAGUGAUGGAGUGAAGUGUUGCAGAAAAGAUUGUUUAAAAUUAAUGAAAUAUCUCUUAGAACAACUGAAAAGGGAAAAUGAAGGCAAUGAGAAAAUGGAGCAGUUCUUUUCUUACCAGGUGAAAACAGCUUUCUUCCACAUGUGUGCACAGGCUCCUGAAGACCAGUGCUGGCAAGUCAGCAACUUGGAACUCUGCUUCGAGAACUUUGUGAAGUACUUUCUUCAGUGCCUCAACACAAAUAAGCUUCCCCAUUUUUUUAUUCCUGAGUACAAUCUCUUUUCUAAGAACCUCAUCGACAGUACAAGUAAAGACUUUCUUCACAGCUUAAUUGAAAAUCAAUUAAACAAUGGAUUUCCAAUUUUUUUAACUAAAAUUGGGAAAAAAUCAAGAAGUAAAGUGGUUUUAUAA